CCUCUGCUCCUCUCCCAGCUCAGAUUCACGUGUGCAUCUGGUAGGAAUUUCUGGCUAGAUAAUCACCCAAGCAAGCCCAGGCCACACUAUGAGGGCCAGGGACAGUGGAAACUAUGCCGUGAAUACCAUGAAUGAUGGAUCAUGCCCGAGUGCCAGCACACCGGCAAGUAGCAGCAUCACUACCCGGCCUGUAGAUCCCCUGAACAGGAAGAUUUGCAUCACGAGGAAGCAGAAUGACAUGAAGAAGAGGGUGAUCUCAGGCAUCGAGUUCACUGAGGAGUUGCAGUGGAAAGUCUGGGAUCUGGGGAAGGAGACCACAAAGAACUUGGUUCUGAAAAAUCUCUCCUUGAAAACCCAGAAGAUAAAGUACAGGCCUCCCAAGACCAAGUUCUUCUUCACUAUCACCCCACAGCCCAUCUUCCUGAGCCCAGGCAUAAUGUUCACACUCCCCAUCACAUUCCGACCUCUAGAAGAGAAGGAAUACACCGACAAGCUGUGUUUUGAGAAUGAAGAGAAGGUGUUCGAUGUGCCCUUGAAGGCCACUGUGCCUUGCCACAAGCUAGUCUGCUGCCCAUCAUCCUUGCAAAUGCCUAUGUGUGCCAUUGGGGAUACAGUGGAGACUUGGUUCUGUCUGAACAAUGUUGGGGACCUGCCCACCUUCUUCACCUGGGAAGUCUCAAACCCAUUCCAGAUACUUCCCACUACGGGGUUUCUGGAGCCAGGCGUGGGUUGUAAGAUCAAAGUGACCUUUGAGACCCUCAUACCCCACGUCAUUCAUGAAGUCGAGGCACUGUGCUGGUAUGGGAAGGGCAGCAGGCAGAAGAAGAGCAUCCAGAUACUGGCUAUAGCUAUAAGUGCAGAGCUGCAGGUCAGCAUAAAGCACAAGCAGCCAGAAGAUCAGGAUCCGAAGAACUUCCAGAAGGUGUUACACUUCGGCUCUGUCUCCGUGGGCUGCACCGCAGAGCGGCAAAUCAGGCUGUAUAACCCAUCUGUGGUUAACAUCCCCUUUAAGAUUGAAUUGUCCGGACACAUGCUGAGCAAAGACCAUGCCUUCUCAUGCUCUGUGAGCCAAGGUACCGUGUCCCCAGGAGAGAAGAAAUGUCUGUCAGUGUUCUUCCACCCCAAGACCUUGGAUAGCAGAGUCAUAGACUACUUCUCCAUCGUGUCUUCUGGUUACGCCUCUCAAACUCUGCUCCAAGUCAUUGGCUUCUGUAGAGGUCCUGAGGUAGUCCUGCAGCACUCCUGCAUCGACUUCAGCUGGGUCAAGCUCGGGGAACACCCAGAACAGACUCUGUGGAUUGAGAACAAGUCAGACUGCAUGGCUCACUUCCAGUUUGAUAUUGACUGCCAGGAAAGUGUCUUCAGCAUCCAGCCUGCCUUUGGAACCCUGGCAGGCAAGGCCCGUAUGACCCUGCACUGUGCCUACCAGCCCACUCACCCUAUCAUCUGCUUCCGCAGGGUGGCUUGUCUCGUCCAUCACCAGGACCCCCUGUUUCUGGACCUGAUUGGGACCUGCCAUUCAGACAACACCAAGCCAGCCAUCCUGAGGCCUCAGCACCUUGCCUGGUACCGAACACACCUGGCUCGGGGCUUGACACUCUACCCUCCUGACAUCCUGGCUGCCAUGCUGGAGGAGAAAAAGCUAGAAAGGGACAAGGAUGGGGCCCUAAUGUUGCCUGUUGAGUCUCUCCCUCUGCAGAAUCUGGAGGACUUGCCAGCCCCAAAGUACCCCUAUGUCCCCUCCAUGGCGGAGUACUUUUGUGACGGCACUAGGGACCUGGCCAUCUUUCCCCCGCCUGUCAGUGUAGAGCCUAUUGAUGUGGACUUUGGUGCUUGUCCUGGGCCUGAGGCCCCCAACCCUCUUCCCUUGUGCCUGAGGAACCACACCAAGGGCAAGAUCACCGUGAUCUGGACUCGAAGAUCUGGCUGCCCUUUCUGGGUGACCCCAGACACUAGUGACGUGCCCCCACUCAAGUCCAUUGCCCUGCGCCUGCACUUCCAGCCACCCGCUCCCAAUUGCCUCUAUGCUGUGGAGCUAGAAGCCUUCGCUUCUUACAAGGUCCUUCAGAGAUACAGCAAUAUUGAAGAGGACUGCACAGUGGUCCCAUCCUGGUGUCUGAGGGUUCGGGCUCGAGGUCACAGCUAUCACCCUGCCUUAGAGCACCACAUCCCCCAAUAUUCCCUGGAUGCACCCAAGAUGUUCCCAGCGGUGUCCUCUGGAAAGCCCACCUACGGGAGCCUGCUUCUGGUCAACAAAGGCUCCAUGCUGUUGAUCUUCAGCCUGGCCCCCAACAGCAGCUCAGACAUCACCUUGAAGCCCUCCUGUGGCCUCGUCGCUCCUGGGGCCCACCAGGUCCUCCUUAUCAGCACGUACCCCAAGGGCACCUCAUGGAAGCAGCACAUUUUCUACCUACAAUUCAACUUUUACCCCCAGUAUCUCAAGGAACUGAGCAUUCAGAGCAGAGAGGAGCCAUUGCAGCUGAAGUUGGACACCUUCAAAAGCAUCUUCUUCAAGCCUACCUGUGUGGGAUGUUCCAGCACCAGCAACUUUACCUUUCAUAACCCCUCACGACUACCCCUGGAGUUCGAGUGGAGAGUCUCCCAACAGCACCAAAAGAUGCUGACUGUCUACCCCUCCAAGGGGGGCAUCAUCCAUCCUAAUGAGAACAUUACAGUGACGUGGAUCUUCAGCCCUUUGGAGGAGACCAAAUACCUGUUCCGAGUAGGGAUGUGGGUCUGGGAAGCCAGAAAGGAGCCACAAAAGACCAAGCCCAAAGCUACCAUACACUACAGGAUCCGCCUAGUGGGCAUGGGAGUUUCUGGAUGCCUCUAUGCCAAGCCAAAGGAGAUGGACUUUGGGAACAUACUGGUGAACAGCCAGGAAGUCAAGUCUUUGGAACUCCUGAAUGACGGCAACUGCACCCUCUAUUACCGACUAGUCCUGGAGCGGCACAGGCCCAUGGGCCUCAACAAUGACCCCUGUGAAGCUCUAGAACUCAGCUGCUCAGAGGGGACCAUGCCGCCUCAUUCCCAGGAUACCAUCUAUCUGACUGCCUGUCCUAAAAUCCAUGCCGAGCAUUCCUGGACCAUUAGCUACUGUCUCCUAUCCAACAAAGGGGAGCUGAACGCUCAGCUCUCCCCCACACCCAUGCUCCCAGAGAGCAGGGCUGGAGAGCCGCAGGAACUGUGCCGUAUCUCCCUGGUGGCUGUGUACCCUUUACUCUCCAUCCUGGAUGCCUGCUCCAUGGGCAGUGCGGAAGGCAUCACCCGCAAGCACCUGUGGCACCUCUUCUCCCUGGACACCCUCAACAGUUACUUGGCACGUGACCCAACCCUCAGAGAGCUCACCUACAAGGUGCCCACCCGGCACAGCAUGAGCCAUACACCUCCUGUCUUCACUCCUCUGAAGCUGGACUUCAAUUUUGGAGCAGCGCCGCUCAAUGCCCCACCCUCAGUGGUGGUACUCAUCCUGAGGAACAGUGGACUGGUGCCCUUGGACUGGGCCUUCCUCUUUCCAAGCGACCAGCAGCUGGACCUGGAUGUGUGGAUAGAGCAAGCCGAACUUAGCAGUACCGAGCUCCACCAAAUGCGUGCAGAGGAAAACUGCCUCUUCACCAUCAACCCAAAGACUGGAAGCCUGAGCCCUGGCCAGGAGCAGAUGGUGGAGCUCAAAUACAGCCACCUGUUUAUCGGCACUGAUCACCUCUCCGUGAUCUUCAAGGUGUCCCAUGGUCGGGAGAUCCUGCUACAUUUCAUAGGUGUGACGGUAAGGCCAGAGCAGAAGUACGUUCACUUCACGUCCACCACUCACCAGUUCAUUCCUGUUCCCAUCGGUGACACGCUGCCCCCACGCCAGAUUUAUGAGCUAUAUAAUGGCGGCUCAGUACCUGUGACAUACGAUGUCCAAACCAGUGUUCUGACACAGGUUCAAGAAAAAAAUUUCGAUCACCCUAUUUUUUGCUGCCUAAACCCCAAAGGGGAGAUCCAGCCAGCAACUACUGCUCGGAUCCUGUGGAUCUUCUCACCCAUCGAGGCCAAGACCUACACAGUGGAUGUACCCAUACACAUCCUUGGAUGGAAGUCAGCUGUCAUCCGAUUCCAAGGAGUGGGAUACGACCCCCAUGUCAUGGGUGACACUGCUCCUUUCCACAACAUCUCCUCGUGGGAUAGUAGCUCCGUAUACUCUAGGCUGAUGGUUCCUGGGCAGAGUGUCUUCCUGUCCCAGUCUCACAUCUCCUUGGGGAACAUCCCUGUGCAAAGCAAGUGUAGCCGCUUGCUGUUUCUCAACAACGUCACCAAGAAUGAGACAGUUGUCUUCACCUGGCAGCCAAGGGCCUUAGACUUUGGAGAGGUAUCUGUGAGUCCCACGGAAGGAGAGGUGGCCCCCGAAGAGGCAGCCCCGAUCUUAGUGACCCUGAAGGCCUCGGUUCAUGCCAGCUUCUACAGUGUGGACCUGAUAUGCAAGGUGUACCGGCAAGAACUCAUGAGGCAGUAUCACAAGGAACUGCAGGAGUGGAAUGAAGAGAAGGCACGGCAGGAGGUGGAGUUCACCAUCACAGAUAGGAAAGUCAAGAAGACAGCAUAUUAUAAAGCCCAUGAACCUCCAAAGAAAUACAAGACGCUGCCUCCCAUCACAAACCAACCAUCUCCCAGCUGGCCUGCCAGCUGGAACCUGAAAGUGUCAAAAGAGAAGACAACGUGGCCGUGUCCUCAACCACCUGUGCCAGGCCUGCUCUGUCUAGGCCUCACUGCGAGGGCCCAUGCUACUGACUACUACCUGAGCAACUUCUUCUCUGAGUUUCCCUGCUACUUCUUAUACCGGGAGCUGCCAAAGAAGAAACCUUCCAGGGAAGAGCCAAAACCUUUUGAGGACGAACCCCCUGACAAAGGGUACCCUGUCUCAGGGCAGAAGAAGCAGAUUGUGGUUGACUGCCUCGCCACCAUCAUCAGAGGCCUGUUGGAAGACAAGAAUUUCCAUGAAGCUGUGGACCAAAGCUUGGUUGAGCAGGUGCCUUACUUCUGCCAGUUCUGGAAUGAGCAGUCAGCCAAAUUUCUGGCCCACAAGAGCAGCUUGUACUUAAUGCCAAUCCUGUCCCUGCCCUCGAGCAGCUAUGAGGAUGACAAAGGCAAAGAGCAGGGGGAGAAUGUCUUUGAGAAGUCAGGAGAGGAAGAGGAUGAGGACGAAGAAAAGGAGGAAGAAGAGGAGGGGGCAAAUGAGGAGGAGGAAGAGGAGAAGGAGGAAGAGGAGGAGGAGUUGAGCAAGAAGGAAACGGAAGAGGACAUAGAGAAGGGUAUAAAAUUGACCUGGUCGGAGAUUAAGGCCACCACACAGCCAUCUGGGUCCCAGCAGUCCCUUCAGUGGCAAUGGCAUCAGAAUCUGAAAGUCAUAAUGAAGGAGGAGCAAGAAAAUGAUGAGAAAGAAGGCAUUAGAAGGCUACCAGCUUUUGCCAACCUGCAAGAAGCAAUACUAGAGAACAUGAUCCAGAACAUACUGGUAGAGGCGAGCCGUGGAGAGGUGGUACUCACCUCGAGGCCCCGCAUCAUUGCCCUGCCACCCACCAGCCUGCACAGGACAGAUACCCAGCAACAAAGGGAAGUGCUCAGCUCUGGGAUGCAGCACUCUACUGAUGGUUUGCUGGUGACAGCAUCCAGCCCCUCUCACCUGCCUGCCUAA